AUGAACAAUCUCUCACAAAUAGUAUCAACAAUUUUCUAUUUAAGUACUUUGACAUUAGCUCAAAACUUAAUUUAAAUAGGAAAUUAAUGCACUUGUGAAUAAUUGAUAUCACAAUUUGACUGUUCUUAUUUUAGCAAGUGUUAAUUUAUCGAUUAAGUUUGUUCUUAAAAAUCUUGUGAUUAGAUGAAUUUUGAGGCUUGUUAAAGUAGUGAUUGUGCUUGGAAUAAUGGAAAAUGUUCUAAGUUUACAAACUGUCAGGAUUAUUAAGUUUCCAUUGAUGAAGAUUGUUUUAACCUUAAACAUGAUUGCAUUUAUAAUCAUUUAACAAAAACCUGCUAAACAUAAGAUCUAUUACAAAAAUCAUGCUAAGAACAGGACUAAGCCAAUUGUUAUUAUGGGAUAGAAGGUAAAUGUAUAUACAAAGACAACCAAUGUUAAAUUUGGAUAAAUUGUGAAGAUGGAGAAUAUGAACAUUGUAUGUACGGAAAUCUACAUUGUAUGUGGAAUAUAUAAUAAAAUAAAUGUGUAUCCGUUCCAUCAUGUUAACAAAUAGAAGAUUAACUAUGCCUGUUUGCUUUCCCAUAUAUGAAUUCUAUGGAUGCUUACAUAUGUCAAUAUGAUAAGAAUGGAAAUUGUUAAGAUUUUGAUAUUUCCAAUUCAAGUUAAGAAUCCUGUAUAUCCCAAUCUUAUGGGUAUUAUUAAUGGAAAAAUGGAAAGUGCACUGCAUGUUAAUCAAUUAAUUUUGAUUUAAUUUCAUCAGCAAUAGUGUUAACAAUUCUAUUUUUGAGUUGA